CGUGCGGGCCAACUGUGUAUGUUUGCAAGCGAGAUCGAGAACCACAAUUAGUUCAGUAACAACAAAAUUUUGGCCAUUGCGACGCUUCAAACGAGAAAGGAAACGCCAGAUAUUCGGGGAGGAGACUUGUUCUUUCAUUAAACCCCAGAAGCCUCUUCUCUGCUUCUUCCUACCCACGUUAGGGUUUUUCUACAGGUUCCCCUGUUAAUCUUGAUUUUCUUCUAGUUUGGUUUCCCCCUCUGAACUCCAAUGGUACGUUACAGUGGUGCUAGAGCUGUUUACUUAUUAGCUCGAAGGUCUAUUACUUCGAAGCUACUUGAAGAUUCUCAUAGUCUAUUGAACAAUUCAUUGCGUGGGGGGAGUCGUCGGGGGUUUAUAUCUGGAAUUCAAAAUCCUUAUAAGAUCGGUGGAUAUGUUAAUUCUGAAAUAAAACUAGGAAGUGGAGGUUUGCGUGGAGUUAUUAAUGGAAAUUGGUCUGCAAAGAGAUCAAUUCACGCAACUGGUCCAACGUGUAUGUCUUCGAGAGACUACUAUGAUGUACUGGGAGUAAGCAAGGAUUCAAGUGCAUCCGACAUCAAGAAUGCUUAUCAUGCUUUGGCAAAGAAACUGCAUCCAGAUGUAAAUAAGGAUGAUGCCGAUGUUAAAGCAAAGUUUCAAGAAGUUCAAAAAGCCUAUGAGGUUUUAAAAGAUGAAGAAAAGCGAUCAGUUUAUGACCAGGUUGGUCAUGAAGAAUUUGAAAAUGGUGGCGGGCCUAACCCAUUUGACUUUAACCCAGGUGGCAGAAAUCCAUUUGACAUUUUCGACUUCAUCAGGCCAAAUCCUGUUGGGGGAGAAGAUGUGACGAUUCCCCUUGAACUAUCUUUUAUGGAAGCUGUUCAGGGGUGCUCCAAGACUGUUACAUUUAAAACUUCCAUAAAGUGUGAAACUUGUGGUGGAUCAGGUGUGCCUCCAGGAACCAAGCCCGAAACGUGCAGGCCGUGUAGAGGUUCAGGGAUGAUAUAUAUGCAGCAAGGUCCAUUUAGAUUGCAGUCAACCUGUGCGCAUUGUGGCGGUACUGGGAAAUCUGUGAAGAGCUUGUGCAAGUCAUGCAAAGGACAACGUGUUGUGAAAGGUCCAAAAACAGUCAAGAUUGAUGUUAUGGCAGGAAUUGAUGAUUCAGAAACUUUACAGGUCUACAGAAGGGGUGGAUCAGAUCCCGAUGGUCACCGGCAUGGUGAUCUUUUUGUUGCCGUCAAGGUCCGCAAAGACCCUAUUUUCCGAAGGGAAGGCCCAGAUAUCCAUGUUAAUGCUAGUUUAAGUAUCAAUCAAGCAAUUCUUGGUGGGAACAUCCAGGUCCCGACUUUGACUGGUGACAUUGUUGUAAAGGUCCAUGCUGGCACUCAACCUGGUCAGCAGGUUGUUCUGAGGAAAAAAGGUAUUAAGCAAAGGAACUCUUCCUCAUUUGGAGAUCAGUAUGUUCACUUUAACGUCAGCAUACCAACGAAUUUGACACAAAGACAGCGCUCAUUGAUUAAAGAGUUUGGCAAGGAAGACAAUGGAGAAGAAGAAAAGGGUGUCGCAGCAGCAGCUGCUGAAGCUUCUGGUUAAAAUGUAAACGAAUGGAAUCCAGGCUGUUUGAUGUGGUGAUGUUUUAUUCUUAUAACAAUCACUAGUCUCAGUUGAGCAAUUUUGUUAGGUGGUUUAGGUUAUAUUUAAUGAGGCCUUAUAUUUAUCGGUGGUACUUUCUGAGUUGUGUACGAUAUGUAUAAUUAAUCACAUUUCUUUACCUAAAAUAAAAUCAGCAAAACCUUAAACUAAAGAUCGUAGCUAACAUGGAGGACCAUAUUUGUAUAUAGAUACUGAUAUUAUUAGCCAUGGCGUUCUGUUGUUUUACUUAACGGUGGUAAUGUUUUCAUA